UCAAACCGAUGAAUGUGAGACGAAGAAAAUUCAAUUCAUUAUGGGCUCUGAAAGUUCUGAUAAAUGUCAUUUGUAUUUACAAAAUUGGGAAGAGGAGAAGGCAAAUUACUCGUGGUAGUGAUUGGGUGGUUCUUAAAGAGGCUGUUCCUAAGGUUGAUAAUAACAGACGACUUGUAUAUUUCUUGGCAGAGCGCAUUUCUCCUAUAAUUUUGAGCCUAUGUGUUGCUUCUAUUCCCUCGGUGACUUCUACAACUAGCAACGAAGAUAAAUUCAAUGACUGUCGUGUUUUGACUCCACAGGAUUUGAGUUAUAAAUUUGAACGUUGUAACCCUACACUUUGCCUUAAUCCUGAUGUUGGUUUUAUUUGUUGGUUAAGUGCUGUUAACCGCCUCCCUGAAUGUCGUUUUUAUCGCUUUGUACAUGGAAAUGAACCUGGCUUACUUCCAACAGCUGUUUAUACACAUAGAAUAGGCGUUCAAAUCGUCUCUCCUUCCCCCUCAAUUUGCUCUACUUCAAGUUGGGGUCUUCCAUACCUUCACCGCUCUCCCUCUUCUAUAUUUAAACACAAAUUUUGUGAAUUUGAAUCAACUACUUCCAAACAACGACAUUUUGCUUUGGCUUUAUGGCCUUGUGAAGAAAUUGAAUCAACAAAAAAAUUUCCAAUAAUUCAUUCAGUAUAUGGUGGACCAAGUAUUCAAAUUGUUCGAAAUUCGUGGCAUUCAAUUUCCCAAUUUCUUAAAUUCCUUGCUUAUGGAUAUGCUGUUGUUAUUGUAGAUGGGAGAGGUUCAGCAAAUCGAGGCGUUUCAUUUGAAGGACAUAUUAAAGAAGCUAUGGGCUCUGUUGAAAUGGAAGAUCAAGUGGAAGGGUUAAAACAAGCAAUUGAACAAACAGAGAAUAUUUUGGAUGGAGAACGUGUUGUCUGUAUUGGCUGGAGUUAUGGAGGUUAUAUGUCUAUUCAAUUAAUUGCUGAAUAUCCAAAUAUUUACAAAGCGGCAGUUGUUGGUGGAGCUGUAACAGAUUGGCAACUUUAUGAUACAGCAUAUACUGAACGUUAUAUGGGAACACCUCAACAAAAUGCUGAAGCUUACAAAAAAUCUUCGGUUAUAAGCAAAGUUGAUAUGCUUCCAAAUCAAGAAGGCCGUAUACUUAUCGUUCAUGGAAUGAUUGACGAAAAUGUUCAUUUCCAACAUACAAUCCUCUUAAUUAAUUCAUUAAUUAAAGCUUCUAAACCUCAUCAAUUAUUACUUUUUCCAACAGAAAGACAUGCUAUUAGAACAGGGGAAUCUGUUGAAUAUUUUCAUGCUUCGGUUCUUUCUUUUUUUAGACGUGCUUUGGGUUUGGGUAUUAUUGUUAAAAAAGAAAAUAUUUAA